AAGAAGCAGCAUUGCGGAAAUUGUAUUUGUUGACUCGUGAAUAAAAACAUAGUUGUGCUUGUUAAACGGAUUUUAUUAAUUUCUACGCAUAUUCUAAACCCGAAAUUAUGGAUCCAGCUCUGCUGAGAGAACGCGAGGCGUUCAAAAAACGGGCCAUGGCCACUCCCACAGUGGAGAAGAAGCCAAAAGCUGAGGCCCCACCAGCCCUACCUAAAGAUGACGCUAAAAGGAAAAUGCGCCCGCCCAGUGCACCUAAAUUGGAUUCGAGCACGUAUAAAACCAUGUCGGGAAGUUCGCAAUAUCGGUUUGGAGUACUAGCAAAAAUUGUAAAACACAUGCGCACACGGCACCAAGACGGAGAUGAUCAUCCUCUGACCAUUGAGGAAAUUUUGGAUGAAACGAAUCAAUUGGAUAUUGGACAAUCUGUAAAAAAUUGGCUAGCCUCCGAAGCACUCACAAACAAUCCAAAAAUCGAGGCGACGCCGGAUGGCCAACGUUUCAGUUUCAAACCUGUGUACAAAAUUAAGGAUGGCAAAAGUUUACUGCGGCUUCUCAAGCAGCACGAUCUGAAGGGCUUAGGUGGAGUACUGCUAGACGAUGUACAGGAAUCUUUGCCUCACUGUGAAAAAGUACUCAAAAAUCGUGCUUCGGAAAUAAUAUUCAUAGUUCGACCGCUCGACAAAAAAAAGAUACUAUUUUACAACGAUAGGACAGCGAACUUCAUGGUGGAUGAAGAAUUUCAAAAGCUGUGGCGUUCGGCGACUGUAGACGCCAUGGAUGACGCAAAAAUUGAUGAGUAUCUUGAAAAACAAGGUAUUCGUUCAAUGCAAGACCAUGGACCAAAGAAACCAGUGCCAAAAAGAAAGAAAGCCACAAACAAGAAACGGCAAUUCAAGAAGCCCAGAGAUAAUGAGCAUUUGGCUGACGUUUUGGAAACUUACGAAGAUAACACUUUAACUCAAAAAGGUGUUAAUCCUACGUAAACCAAUAACCUAGUUUAGUUUAUUCAGAGAUGUUUUGAUAUAUGAAUAUAAGAACACUAGCAUCCCCGUAUGCGACGUUAUAUGCAUUUUCUUUCAAAAUAUUUAUUAUUAAAAAGCCGAAAAAAAUAUUUUUUAUUUUACUUCA